ACGCGCGGAGGCGGGCUCGGGGAGCAUCCGUCUGUCAGAGCCGCUGGGUGACGUUCGGGCCGCCGCCGAGGAGUGGGAGAAUCCGCUCUGGACAUCACUGCUGCCCGGGAUUACUCUGAAUGAGUGUGCUAUAAACAGCUCCACUUACAUAACAGCGAGUGUCAAGUGCGGUUGUUGCGGAGCGUCACUUGCGAGAGGUGAAUUCAAGAGCGCUCAACAUGUCAGUGGUAGGCAUCGAUGUGGGUUUCCAGAACUGUUACAUCGCGGUGGCCAGGAGCGGUGGCAUCGAGACCAUCGCCAACGACUACAGUGACAGAUGCACGCCGGCUUGUGUGUCUUUGGCCUCCAAAAACCGCAUGAUUGGAAACGCAGCAAAGAGUCAAAUUAUAACAAACUUCAAAAACACAGUCCAUGGCUUCAAGAAGUUCCACGGCAGAGCGUUUGAUGAUGCGUUUGUUGAAGCGGAAAAACCCAAAUUGCCUUACAGCUUGCACAAACUGGCCAACGGAAACACCGGAAUUAAGGUACGAUAUUUGGACGAGGACAAGGUGUUCACGGUUGAGCAGAUCACAGGGAUGCUGCUCACCAAGCUGAAGGAGACAUCAGAAAGUGCCCUGAAGAAGCCAGUGGUGGACUGUGUCAUCUCUGUCCCAAGUUUCUUCACAGAUGCAGAGAGACGAUCGGUGUUCGAUGCAACUCAGAUCGCAGGGCUGAACUGUUUACGGCUGAUUAAUGAUACCACAGCAGUGGCUUUGGCCUAUGGGAUCUACAAACAGGACCUUCCGACUCCAGAAGAGCGGCCCAGAAAUGUGGUAUUUGUAGACAUGGGACAUUCAUCAUUCCAGGUCUCAAUCACGGCCUUUAACAAAGGCAAACUCAAGGUCCUUGCCACAGCGUUUGACCCGUACCUCGGUGGGCGUCAUUUGGACGAGGUGCUGGUAGAUUACUUCUGUGAGGAGUUUAAGGGCAAGUACAAGCUGAACGUGCGGGACAACCCGAGGGCUCUGCUGCGUCUGCACCAGGAGUGCGAGAAACUGAAGAAGCUCAUGAGUGCCAACUCUUCUGACCUGCCUCUCAACAUAGAAUGCUUCAUGAACGACAUUGAUGUUUCCGGCAGGAUGAACAGGGGCCAUUUUGAAGAGAUGUGUGCUCAAUAUCUGAUGAGAGUAGAGAUGCCACUGAAAGCCGUCCUUGAACAAUCAAAGCUAAGCCGAGAUGAUAUCUAUGCAGUGGAGCUAGUCGGAGGAGCCACGAGAAUCCCAGCCAUCAAAGAUCGGAUCGGCAGGUUUUUCUCCAAAGACGUCAGUACCACACUCAAUGCAGACGAAGCUGUAGCAAGAGGCUGUGCACUCCAGUGUGCAAUUUUAUCCCCAGCAUUUAAGGUGCGAGAAUUCUCCAUCACUGACGUGGUUCCCUUUCCCAUUACUCUUCGCUGGAAAUCACCCACAGAGGAUGGAUUGGGAGAAUGUGAGGUUUUCAGCAGGAAUCACGCUGCUCCGUUUUCCAAAGUGAUCACCUUCCACAAGAAGGAACCCUUUGACCUUGAAGCCUUCUACAGCAGCCCUCCGGAUCUCCCAUACCCAGACCACAGGAUAGGAUGUUUUGCAGUGCAGAAUGUGGUUCCCCAGCCGGACGGAGACAGCUCUAAAGUGAAGGUCAAAGUGCGCGUCAAUGUCCACGGCAUCUUCAGUGUGUCGAGCGCCUCUCUGAUUGAGAAGCAGAAAGGCGAGGGAGAGGACAUGCAGAUUGACUCCGAGCCAAUGGUGCAGAAUGAAGGCAGAGCAGAGGAUCAGACCAAAAUGCAGGUGGACCAGGAAGGACAAAGCCAGGGGGAUCAACAGAACGAAGAAAAUAACUCCAGCUGUAAGGAGGGUGCCUCUGCGGAGAAGCAAGACCCAGCAGCCGGGGGAAGUAAGCCCAAAGUCAAGGUGAAGAGUAUCGAUCUGCCCAUCGUAGCCAACAACAUCCGACAGCUCGACGGUGAUGUUCUUAACAACUUUGUGGAGUAUGAGCGUCAGAUGAUUGUACAGGACAAACUGGUGAAAGAGCUGAAUGACGCUAAAAAUGCUGUGGAGGAGUAUGUAUAUGAUCUGCGGGACAAACUUUGUGGGAUCUAUGAAAAGUAUACCACAGAGGAGGACAGCAACCAACUGACACUAAUGCUGGAGGACACAGAGAACUGGCUGUAUGAGGACGGGGAGGACCAACCUAAGCAAGUCUACGAGGAGAAGCUAGAUGCACUCAAGAGGCUGGGUCAACCCAUUCAGGAUCGACACAGAGAGCAGGAAGACAGGCCGAGGGCUUUUGAGGAGCUGGGAAAGAAACUGCAACUCUAUAUGAAGUUUGUGGAUGCCUAUAAGCAAAAGGAUGAGCGAUUUCUACAUUUAAGUGCAGAGGAAAUGAGCAAUGUGGAGAAGUGUGUGAAUGAAUGCAUGGGCUGGAUGAACGCCAAGAUGAACGCACAGAGCAAACUCGCUAUAACUCAAGAUCCCGUUGUGAAAGUAGCAGACAUCAUUGCCAAAUUACAGGAACUGGAUGACGCAUGUAACCCAGUGAUUAACAGGCCAAAGCCCACAGUGGAGGAGGUCCCUGAAGUCAAUGACCAAAACAGCGGCGCUCACAACGGCCCGACUGCCAAGCCAGGAGCAGAAGGGAAGGGAGAGGCAAAGGGAAGCCAGCAGACAAAGCCUGGCACGAAACAGAUGGAGGUGGACUGAGAUCAGUGUCCGAGACGCAAACUCUGCACCAUCACUGCGUUUAUACCACCACUGACCAUUUAGACGGUAGAAACUUCAAUACCUGGGACCAUUCCUCAAUACUCACCAGCCACUUUUGUGGAUAUAUUUUCUCUUUUGUGCCCCUGACUGGACUUUACCCUUUAAAGGGUUUUGUUUUCACUCUUUCAUCCUCAUGUGUGAAACAAUGGUGUGCUUUGUUCUCUCAAAGGUUUGACAUACUUAAUGAAAAUGAAAGAAUGAUGCAAUAGAUUAAACUCUGACCCUGACGAAAAAAAACAAAAAACUGUUUCCUCUGUGCCAUACAGCAAGGCACGCUUUGUGUUUUCAUUCCAUGUGUCUCAUAAACGUCUAGUACAGUAAGUGCUGUCCAAACAGUUAGUUUGUAUGCAAUCGUACAAAUUCUUUAUAUUUGUAUUCACUGAGUUUUAAUGAUUGAUGUCCAUGUUUAGAAACUGUAAAUAAUAUUUUAGUAAAUAAAAGCAGCCAGCAUAUACAUUAAAAAACACAUUCCUAGUGUUAACAACGGCAAUGCUUGAUACACCAAAUCUCUUUAGUAAGUGAUUGGAUGCCUUUUUCUCUUGUUUUCUUACAUUUUUCCAUAUUUAAGUCAGGGGAUUUAAAGAUGGCAAAAGAAUAACAACAUUUUGUCUGAGACAGUUUUUCAUUCACUGAAAUUAUAUGAUUUUCAGCAGCCGAACCUAAAAGUAAUUGGCCUAAUCUGUACUGUGUCAUGUGUCUAAAUCCUGGGAUGAGAUCAGGACAGUUUAGUAAAUGGAGGCAGGGUGAAAUUUACGUACUGAGAUUUUUCAAAAUAUAAGGGACAAAACUAUAUUUGCGAAUGUAUAAAUUGUACUUGUCUGCAAAGUAGACAGGUCUGUGUUAGCACAGACACAGACUUGCAUGUCAUUUUUGACCUUAUGUGUAUGGAGCCCAAUCAUGCCCAAAAUGAAAUAAAUAAAGGAGCCUUUGAUAAAUAACUAAUCAUGAGAAUAAUAGUUGUUGGAUGCAACUAUUGAAACUAUGAAAUAAUCAAUACAUUUUAAUACUCAAGUUU